CAAUUUCUGUUCACAAUUACUGCUGCCUUAAUUUUGACCAAGAACACUCCCACCUCCUGUCUCAGAAAGUUUCUGCAGGCACAGAAACAUGUCUGUGUGGAGUAUCCCAUGACCAUGAACUACAAGGCUGCUGUGGAACUUUGGGAUUUAGCUGAAGAAAAAGGGGUGAUUCUCCAUGAAGAACACAUUGAACUGCUAUCAGAGGACUACAAACAACUGAAGAGAGAGGUAGAGGGAAAAACCUUGCAGGAAGGUACUCUUCAUUUUACUGGUGGAGCUCUGAAGCCUGGAUUUGGUUUCCCAGCAUUCAGUGGCAUUGCUCGCCUCACGUGGCUGGUUGACUUGUUCGGUGAGCUUUCAGUAACUGCAGCAGCAUUGGAGGAGGACUCUACUAAUGGCUACAGCAAGAUGACUGCAAAGUUGAUAACUUCUGACAACAGACCUCUGACAUGGAUUGAAGAACGACAACCAGGCCUCCCCAGAGCAAAAAACAUCAACUUUCAGUUUGACUCAGGCUCUUUGACUCAAAUUCCUACUGCACCAAGAGGGACUGUGGGUAUCUUUAUGCAAGACCUGAUCCACUUCUCUACCAAGCUGGCAGGCCAAGUGACUCCGGAGGAGCUCACGAAAGAGAAAGUCAGGGUCCUACACUGCUUGGAACUGGCAGACAAAAUACAACAGCUUUGCCAAAAUUAAAUGGAAUCUUUAUGGUCAUCAUAUUUGUAUCACAUUUGAAGUUGCAAAUUCCUAAAAAGUAUGGGAUACUGUGUGAAAUGUAAGUAAAAGCAAAAUGCAAUAAAUUUCAAAUGCCAUAAAUCCUUUUUUUUUUUUUUUUCCUUUUCACAAUAGAACAACAGUCUGUAAAAGUCAGGAAACUAUUUGAAACUAUUCAAGUUUCAAAUAGGAAACCGAGGAAACCAUUUGCUGCCCUUUUGGGAGAGGAAUGUUAUCUAUUCCUGUCUGAUAGAGGAUUCUAGCUGCUCAACAGUCCUGGGUCAUUGUCAUGUUUUUACUUUACAUUUCAUGAUGCACCAAUUAUUUUCAGUUGGUUAAACUUCUGGAGAGCAAGCAGUCAAGUUCAGCAGCUGGACUAAUCUACUGUAGAGCCAUAAAGAUGCGGUUUAGCAUUUUCUUGCUGAAACAGGGCAAGGUUCCCCUUUGAGAGUCGUCUGGAUGUGAGCAUAUGUUGCUCUGAAAUCUGUAUAUACCUUUUAGCAUUGAUGGUGCCUUUCCAGAUGUGCAAGCUGCCAUUCUAUAGGCACCGAGGCACCCCAAACCAUCAGAGGCAUGCUUUGAACUUCUGAUAACAAGGUGGAUGGCAUAGAAAACCAAACAAAAUGUGCGGUAGGCCCUGCGAUGUCACCAACUGUGACAAUUACAGUGGCUUGCAAAAGUAUUCAUACCCCUUGAACUUUUCCAUAUUUUGUCACAUUACAACUACAAACAUAAAUAUAUUUCACUGGAAUUUAAUGUGAAAGACC